AUGAGUUUUCAGAGGGCGCUAAAGUCGAGUUCUCAAAAAAAAGUGUUCCAUGAUGAGGAACAAUUAGAAACGACAUUCAAACGAAAGAAGCGAUUCAUAGAUUCAGAAGCAUCACGUAAGUUUAUCGCUGCAGCUGAUCCUGAUGAAGAACCAAGUACGUCCCAAAACUGGGUUUGGAGAGUUCUCAAGGCAGCAUUGCCUUUACAGUUAGCCUUGAUAGCUCUAUUUUGCGCUGCAUGUUUUUUAGAACCUCAUUGUUGUGAGGCAUCUAAUAAUGUUAAUUUUAUAUUUACUCCACAACUGCGGUAUAUUCGUGGACCGCCACCAAUCUAA